AGGGUCAACUCCGGGGAGUCCUCAAACCGCUGGCGUCCGAUCUCCUUGGACCAGUAGUACAGUACCUGGGGAUCCCCUACGCCCGCCCCCCUACAGGGGAUCGGCGUUUCCAGUCCCCGGAGCCCCCUCUGCCUUGGACCGGGGUGCGCAACGCCUCCCAGUUUGCCUCUGUGUGCCCCCAGUCUCUGGAUGAGCGCAGCCUGCUGAGCGACAUGAUGCCCGCCUGGUUCACCGCCAACCUGGACAUCGCCACCACCUACCUCACCCACCAGAGCGAAGACUGCCUCUACCUCAACAUUUACGCCCCCACAGAGGAAGGUACGGGAUCAAACCGCUGUCAGGGUCAAGGUUUAGGUUCAAACGAGGCAUCCAUUUGUCUUCCAGACAUCCACGAGGAAGGGGGUCUGCGUCCAGUGAUGGUGUACGUUCAUGGAGGCUCCUACACAGAAGGAACCGGAAACAUGAUGGACGGUGGUGUCCUGGCCAGCUACGGAAACGUCAUUGUUAUCACCAUUAACUAUAGACUUGGAGUACUGGGCUUCCUAAGUACGGGUGACCAGGCAGCCAAGGGAAACUAUGGUCUGCUGGACCAGAUCCAGGCCCUGCGCUGGGUCAAGGAGAACAUCUUGGCCUUCAGUGGAGACCCAGACAGAGUCACCGUGUUUGGCUCUGGGGCUGGAGCCUCCUGUGUGAGCCUUCUCACCUUGUCACACUACUCAGAGGACUUAUUCCACAGGGCUAUCAUCCAGAGUGGCAGUGCCCUAGCCAGCUGGGCGGUCAAUUACCAGCCAGGGAAGUAUGCGCGUGCCCUGGGGGAGAAGGUGGGCUGCCAUCUGGAUGACAGCAUGCAGCUGGUAGCCUGCCUGCAGGAGAGGGGCUACCGUGAGCUGGUGGAGCAGAGCGUUACGCCAGCCAAGUACCACACCGCUUUUGGCCCCGUCAUCGACGGCGACGUCAUCCCCGACGACCCCCAGAUCCUGAUGGAGCAGGGCGAGUUCCUCAACUACGACGUCAUGCUGGGCGUCAACCAGGGAGAGGGGCUGAAGUUUGUGGAGGGCAUCGUGGACAGCGAGGACGGCGUGUCCGCGGAGGACUUUGACCUGACCGUGUCCGACUUCGUGGACAGUCUGUACGGUUACCCGGAGGGCCGCGACACGCUGAGGGAGAGCAUCCGCUUCAUGUACACCGACUGGGCCGACCGGGACAACGCGGAGACGCGCAGGAAGACCCUGGUGGCGCUGUUCACCGACCACCAGUGGGUGGCACCGGCGGUGGCCACAGCAGACCUCCACGCCCAGUACGGCUCACCCACUUACUUCUACUCUUUCUACCACCACUGUCAGAGUGAGACCACACCUCCCUGGGCUGACUCCGCCCACGGCGAUGAGGUGGCCUACGUGUUUGGUGUCCCCAUGGUGGAGCCGACCGACCUGUUCAACUGCAACUUUUCAAAGAACGACGUGAUGCUCAGCGCUGUGGUCAUGACCUACUGGACCAAUUUUGCCAAGACCGGGGACCCCAACCAGCCAGUACCUCAGGACACCAAAUUUAUCCACACCAAACCCAACCGCUUUGAGGAGGUGGCCUGGGCCAAGUACACCCCCAAGGAGCAGCUGUAUCUGCACAUCGGCCUCAAACCCCGGGUCAGGGACCACUAUCGCGCCACCAAGAUCUCCUUCUGGCUGCAGUUGGUGCCUCACCUCCACAACAUCAACGAGCUGCUGCAGUCCGUCUCCUCCUUCACUCACAGCCCCAACCCCCAGGAGGACACUCCCUACUCCUACACCAGGCGGCUGUCCAAAGGUUCCAGUUGGCCCCCCAGCACACGGCAGGCGUCCCCCCCCAGCACCCCCCAGGCCCCAGCGCCAGCCCUCCAUGCUGGGGAGGAGGCCUCCAAGAGCCCGGUGGAGGACUACUCCACAGAGCUGAGCGUUACCAUCGCAGUGGGAGCCUCCCUGCUGUUCCUCAACAUCCUGGCCUUCGCAGCGCUGCUCUACAAGAAGGACAAGCGCCGCCUGGAGCACCGCAGGCCACGCCUCCCACCCCGCAACGACGUCAUCACCGCCACCGAUGUGGCUGCCAGCCAGCUGCAGGCCGAGGGUCUUCUGUCUCUGCAGGUCAAACAGUUGGAGUGUGAGGCAGGCGUCCAUACGCUGGACGAACACAACGCUCACAACAACACGCACCACACGCUGGACACGCUCGAUGCUCUGGAUGGUAUGGACACCCAGGAUAUAUACAGCACGCUGGACACAGUGCGCCUCACCUGCCCGCCGGACUACGCCUUGACCCUGCGACGCUCACCUGACGACGUGCCCCUCAUGACCCACAUCACCCCCGGCUCUCAUCCUGGGACCCCCAUGACCCCCAUGACCCCUGGUUCAGUGGUAGGCCUCAGGCUGGGUCCUCCCCAGGGCUACAGCCCCUACAGCAAUGCUCACCUGCCCCACACACACAUCGCCGCACACACACACUCCACUACCCGUGUAUAACCGCAGAACUACGGCGGGGGAGAGCAGAACAGAACAAAUGUACCUCUAAUACCCACCUGGAUUCUUAAGGCUCAGUCUGACCCAGACCACACAGUGUUGCAUGUAUAGAACACUACGGAGGACAGGGAGCCCUGGGAAGUGAAGUUCUAUGCAUCAUAUGACUAACCAUUCCAACAGUUCACCCAAUAUGGCUGCUGAUCCAUGUACCACAGGCAACACUGCUUCUGACUAGAACGUCUGGUCGACCUUUUCUAUAGCCACCAAGGAUGACUGGACUGUUUCUCUGGCUGUGAACACAGCUCCGGAACACAGAUAGUGUCUAAAAUAUUCUGGCACCAUCCGGAGCAACUGCAUGCUCUGGGACUUCCAGUACUCAAGUGGGACCAUCAGAGUGAACUUGAGUGACCUGAACUUUAAAAACCUGCGAAAUGUGAAUGUAGCAUUUAAUUUAAGAAUUUACCUUCAGAGGAUCAAGUGCUUGAAAAAAGAGAGACAGAGAGACAAAAGGAAGAUCAACUAAUCGGAGGGACAGUGAUUGAGUGAGAGAUAGAAAGACGAAAAAGUGAAUUAUGAGGGCUCCUUGAUGGUUCAUUAUUAUCACUUUUACCAGCCAGCUAUCCUUUCAAAUAUGUAAAUAAAUGGUAGCAACAUAGAUACAAAAGAUUUACAUCAUUCACAGCUCCUGCAUCAGCAUUAGUUACUUAACUACAUUAUGCUUUCAUUUGAGGUAUUGUAUUUGUAUAGAUAUAAAAUAGAAACUCAUAACAGGUUACAUUAGGGUAGCGUUCAGCUCAGCUAAGCGUUUUCUCGACGUUAUGCAACAGAAUGAAACCUCAUGGUUAAUUGAAUACUUUUUAAGGUGGUGGGCAGGCUGUGGCAUUUACCAGAUGCUUUUAUCUAAAGCAACUUACGGUAGAAAGAGUGCCAACAUGGGUCCUAGGGGUCUUUAAACCCACAACCUUGUAGUCAUGGCACCAUGCUCAAUAGACCAAACCACAUGAGACC